UGAAAUGGCAAAGAAGAAAAAACGUCCGGUUUAGCGUUGACAAUUCCUGUUUGGAAACAAAACAAAAAGAGAAGAAGAACGAAAAAAUAUAUAAAUACGAUAGUGAACUUAGAAGACCUUUUCUAAAGUUGAUUCUUCAUGACUGGAGAAGUUUUCUGAGUGUUAACCAAGAGGUCAUGGAGAAAGAUGUCAGGGAGUGCAUCACCUCCCCAAUGGCUGCAGGAGCUUCAGUCGGCCCAGCUGUUUCACAGAGUAGAUCAGAGGAUGAGGAGUCAGCUGCGAUGAGGAGACCAGACAAUCAGACCUUCAGCGGAGCUGGGUUAAUUCCCAAACGAAGAAGCUCUUCCAGGUCAAUAAAGAGAAAGAAGUUUGAUGACGAACUGGUUGAGAGCAGUUUGGCUAAGUCUACUAGUCGGGUAAAAGGUCAACCAGUCAUUGAGCCAAUGAGAUGCCCCGGAAGUGACCUCAUGUCCAGUGACAAGAAGAAGGGUUUGAAGUCCAGCAGCUCUCUUACACCUCCUCUUACCAUGGUGAUCGCACCUUCCUCAGUGCCCAAACGAAUGAAGAAAAAUAAGCAGCCACUGCAGAUCACUAAAGACCUGGGACGCUGGAAACCAACCGAUGAUCUUCUGCUCAUAAAUGCUGUCUUACAGACCACAGAUCUGACAUCAGUUCAUUUAGGGGUGAAGUUCAGCUGUCGUUUCUCACUGCGAGAGAUUAAGGAGCGCUGGUAUGCUCUGCUGUAUGACCCUGUCAUUUCAAAGUUGGCGUGGCAGGCUAUGCGACAGCUGCAUCCAGAGGCCAUUGCAGCCAUUCAGAGUAAAGCUCUGUUUAGUCAGGCAGAGGAAACUCUUCUCUCAAAAAUCACCUCUAGCAGUCAGCCUAAGUUGGACAUUUUCCAGGAUUUGCUAAAUAAGCACCCGAGCGUUUUUUACCCAUCUCGCACUGCUAAGAGUCUCCUGAUCCACUGGCAGCUGCUCAAGCAGCAUUAUUUACUGGAGGAUCAGAGCGUGCAACCUCUGCCUAAAGGAGAGCAGGUGCUGAACUUCUCUGAUGCAGAACAGGUGGUCGAUGAUGCAAAACUCAAAGACAGUCGAGAUGAAGUUCUGGAGCACGAGCUGAUGAUGGCAGACAGACAUCAGAAGCGUGAAAUCCGACAGCUGGAGCAGGAACUUCCUCGCUGGCAGGUGUUGGUGGACAGUAUCACAGGAAUGAAUUCACCAGACUUUGAUAAUCAGACGUUAGCAGCAUUACGUGGGAGGAUGGUCAGAUAUUUGAUGCGUUCUAGAGAGAUCACCCUUGGUCGGGCUACUAAAGACAAGCAGAUAGACGUGGAUCUGUCUUUGGAAGGACCUGCAUGGAAAAUCUCCAGAAAGCAAGGGAUCAUCAAACUGAAAAACAAUGGAGAUUUCUUUAUCGCUAAUGAAGGCCGGAGACCCAUUUACAUCGAUGGCAGACCAGUUUUAUCUGGAAACAAGUGGAAACUCAAUAACAACUCCGUAAUGGAGAUUGCAGGUCUUCGCUUUGUGUUCCUUAUCAAUCAGGAGUUGAUCUCCCUCAUCAAAGCUGAAGCUGCUAAAAUGAAUCAGCCGUAAAGCUGAACGAACUGCUGUUGAUGAGCAUUAUAUAAUGUCCCAGUUUGAGGAGCGCUGCAACAUAGACAGCAGGUGCACUGGAGACAGCAGAACCUGAGGAGAUGCUCUGCCCUUCACACAUGAUGAACAACCGAGACUCGAUUUAAAGACUGGAAAAUAAGAAGUUAAUAUUUUGUAUUCCUGCCAUGUAGACAAUGGACUUUAAAAAAUGAUUAUUUGACAGUUUGUGGUAGAAUUUUAUUGGUUUGUGGAGCUUUUUUAUUUGACACUUGUCUUCUGUAGAACUCAACAUCUUUGUUGGUUUGUAAUUAUAACCCAGCAACUAUAAUAUAUUAGCAUUUUCGAAACAAAAAAAUGUAAUGCAUAAUGUGUCAAAUGCUUGAUUAGCUGGUUAAAAACAGACGUUCUUCAUACGUUUUCAUAUU